CUGGCAUCCGUUCAUCACUUUACUAUCGGUGUUCCGCUGGUGCUCGCGGUGCUUUCACUGUGAACCCGCCACUGAUAACGACUACGACGACGACGACGACCCCGUCGGGGCCACAUCCGGCAUAACGUGUGAGGGCGUCCUGCGACAGUGUAACAGUGUUUGGAAAGCAGCACUUCCGGUCAACCGGUAGUUGAUUUUGUGGAUUUUUUGGUAAUCGCUUCGAGCAGGAAGUACAUCCGGCCGAGUGGAAACGAAGUUUGAAAAUAACGCAAAAACGGUGUUGGUGGAAAUUGGAAGUUCGUGAAAAUUUCCCUUCGAGUGAUAACCGGAAGAGAGCAUAUUGUUGGCUUGGUUGAAGCCGAUUGCGAAGUGGUGGUGAAAAUUAAUGCGCCAAAAUGCAUAAAUACCUGAUGGGAAGACUGUUGCUGAUCUGCCUGUUGAUCAUGUUCGUGGCCAGUGCAAAGAGCGCGAGCAACUACUUUUACGACUCGGAGGAACAACGGUACCCGAAUCUGCUGGACGGUGGUGAUGAGGCCGAAGACACCGACAAAAGCUUGACGGACGACAGCAUACUGGAUAAUAUGCUGCAGCAGGGUGCUUCAAAACGCUCCUCGCUGAUCCAGGUCUACAGGAGGGCCUGCAUAAGGCGCGGCGGAAACUGCGACCAUCGAAGCAAUGACUGUUGCUACAACUCCUCGUGUCGGUGUAACCUUUGGGGAAGUAACUGCCGGUGCCAGCGGAUGGGUCUGUUCCAAAAGUGGGGAUGAACGGCCACACCACCACUCAUGAUACUGGCGUUGCUGGCGUUCGCCCAAUCCUCCUUCAAGCUACCUUAGGCCCAAACUUCCCCGUUCCCAGUUCCUAGUUUUUUCCUCUCCCAAAAAAUGGCAACCGGAAGCACGAUGACGCUUACGUACACGAGGUUUAACGCGCACUGGAUCUUCACACUGGAACUAUGCUUCGGAACUGAACUGAAACAACUGAAUCAAGCACAACCCACAACGGACUUAUGGCAAUGGAUCACCGCAAAAACAACCCCCCCACAAUCCCCACUACACUGAGAUGAAGAAACGAAGUUGAAGUCAAAAAUUGUUGUACUUCCUCAAAAAAAGGUGAAAUCUGGUUCAUGCGCUUUUGUUUUGAGGUAUUUUAAACUGAGUAUGGUUUUGUUUAGCACAAAUAUGUUGUUCUUGACGGUGUAUUAGAAGAAUGAGCGUAUUUUAUUAGUGGACUCGCCGACGGACACUGACUUUGUAACGAACAAAAGAUACAAAAAAUAUGCAAGGUUUAAUUUUGCAGAAGAACACAUUCACUAUAAUGAUAAUGAUAAUAAUGAUAAUGAUAAAUGAUAAUAAUUAUUAUUACAGAGAGAAAAUAUUGUCUAUAUAGGUUAUAUUCAGAGUCAUUCUUUACUGUUUAAGAGCUGUGUUGAGGGCGCCUCGAUGACGCAGAACGAAGAGAAAUCAAUUCACCUAAUUUUAGCACCUUGGAAAAGUGGCAGCUAAUGAAAAAUCAAUUAACGGAAAUGCUUUUAAAGUGUAUCAAUCACACACACACAUACAAAAAUCACACAAUAGCACACAUACAUAGAGAGAAAACAAAACUUAAAAAAUGUAACAUUCUUAAAGAUGUUGCGAUGAUUAGGUACUUCAACUUUGUGAAACGAUGUUACAUGUUAUUUUCUGAUGUCCAGUGGAUUUUGAUACGAUUACUUUACUCGCUGUUUGUGUAAUGGAAACAGACAACAACUUACUUGCUGAGUUGAGCAACUUAGGAGUAGUUUAUAUAAGGAGGGAAAAGUGAUUGGAGCACGGUUCCCCUCGGAUGUCCCGGGGCAGACCAUCGUCCCCGCAGGCCCACAACCGUUUCCCAGCCUUUAAGAACGAGUGAGUGUCAGAGCCGAGUGAGAAAAGUCCUCUGCAAGCACUUUUCCCCAUUCCCAAGCAACAGACAUAAAUUUACCCGAUAAUUCAUAAAGUACAUCAUAAAUACAUAUAACUAAAAGUAAAACAAAAAAAAACUACUCUUCCUCUCCGAUGUUCUUCUAUAUCUAUCCACCCAGGAGUGUGUAACGAUUUGUCUCCCAUUUUCCAGCGAGCAAUCGAAAACUGUUUGUUCACUGUGCCAAACACAUACACACACAUACACUUUACACACAUGCAAACACUCACACGAGCUUACACGGCAAAACCGAUAUUGCAAACUCAAACCGGAUCAGCCCUGCAAUCCGUCACCUUGUCCCUCUUGAGUUCCUACACUUGCUGUAGGUUGUGGAUGUGCAGCACAAGUACUUCUUGUCUUCUUAUCCGCCCCGCCAGGCAGUGGUGGAAAACAUCGCUUCGCCACGACCUCUAAAAGCGAUCCUGUUAUUUUCCGCCUCCAACGCCGUUGGUUUUUACCCUCCAUUAAGUUAAUCCGGUCAACCUUCCCGCUGCGGGCCAAAAACCCAUCAUCCAACACCCCCACAGGAAAAGCAUCUUUCCGCAGAUCCCCUUCCCGAAGGCCACAUGGCAAAGUCAUAAAUCACACGUUCACACGUCAGGUCUCAUAUCUCGCGACGCAGUCCGGUGACGGGAGCUCGGUGUGGUGUGCGGCAUGACUUCUACGAAUUAGAGGCCAAUUUUUCCGGCUAAAUGUCCUCGCUCUCCUCUGUAACCCCCCCUAGUAGAAGCUUUAUUUUCGUAGGAGGACAGACCAUGCGACCUUCUAGCUUUCCAGAGGAGACUUGGCCCUAAGGACCGUGGACCUUCAUCAAGUAACGCCUUCGCAAGUAAUUUCCGGAACUUAAACACAUUUACACACAUAACACACGUCUCACAGAAUUUGAUUUUAAUUUUCUUUUUAAAAAAUUAAGCAAAAACAUCUUAUCAUAGUUGAGCAGCCGCCCCUUUGUAAAUGUGUAUAAAGUUUGUAAAGAGUUAUAGAAGAAAGAAAAGGGUUGCAACAGAAGAAGCACCGCACUGCAAAUGAAGAGAACAAGAUCAGUCUCAAAAAAAGAUCAAUGAGGGAAUAUGAUGAAAAAAGAAUACAAAAACAAAAUAAAUAUAUGAAAUUAUAGUAAAACUAGAAGCAACUCGGUUCGCGCCUGGUUUUUCUUUCCUACAUAA